UGUUGAUGUGGACGGAGCAACAGAGGAGACCAGAUUCAAAGAUGGUCUGUGUUUCUGGUUCAUGUCUCUGAAUGACUGAAGUCCAGAAGAUGGAUGAUUGUGUGGAGAAAGAGGAGGAGAGACCAGAGUCUCCAGGAUCCAUCUGUCUCUCUAUGAAGAGUGACCGGUCCAUAUAUGAACCUCCAUACUUCAGUAAUGAACCUGGACCAUCAGACACAAAAGGUCGUUACUGCAGUCAGAGACCAGAGUCUCCAGGAUCCAGCUGUCUGUCUAUGAAGAGUGACUGGUCCAUGCACCAACCUAUAUGGUUCAGUAAAGAACCUGGACCUUCAGACACAAAAGGUCGUUACAUCAGAGGAGUGAAUUCUGCAGCCUCCAGUUGUCUGUCUACGAAGAGUGACGUCUCCAAAGAUCUACCUGAAAACUUCAACAAUGAACCUGCUCCAAUGAAACGGAGCUCCUACCAGUCGGUUUCAUCGGAAAAUCUGGGAUAUGGAAAAAGAUCCAGAGCAAGCUUUCCACAAGCAGAUGCCGGUCUGCAGGAGGUCCUAGAUGAACAUAAGAUCAGUCUGAGGAGCAGAUGUGAACAUGUGACUGAAGGAAUUGAUGAAACAGGAAGUAGAACCCCCCUCAACAGGAUCUACACAGAGCUCUUCAUCACAGAGGGACUGAGUGAAGAGGUUGAUACCCAACAUGAGGUGAGGCAGCUGGAGACAGCGCCCCGGAUGAAGAGCCUCCAUGACGCUCCAAUCAGGUGCCAGGACAUCUUUAAAGCCUUACCUGACCAACAUGGAGCCAUCAGAGUGGUUCUGACUAACGGCGUCGCUGGUGUUGGGAAAACUUUCUCGGUUCAGAAGUUCUCUCUGGACUGGGCCGAGGGCUCGGAGAACCAAGACGUCACCGUGGUGAUUCUGCUCUCGUUCAGGGAGCUGAACCUGAUCAGAGAUGAGCAGUUCAGUCUUCUCAGGCUGAUCCAGGUUUUCCAUCCAUCGUUACAGAAGCUCACAGCAGAGCAGCUGGCUGCCGGGAAACCGUUGUUCAUCUUUGACGGCCUGGAUGAAAGCAGACGUUCCCUGGACUUCAACAACGGACCGGUCGUGUCUGAUGUCACACAGAGCUCAUCGGUCAACGUGCUGCUGACCAACCUCAUCCAGGGGAACCUGCUUCCCUCAGCUCUCAUCUGGAUAACUUCCAGACCUGCAGCAGCCUAUCAGAUCCCUCAGAAACACAUUGACAGGUUAACAGAAGUACGAGGCUUCACCGACGGCCAGAAGGAGGAAUACUUCAGGAGGAGGUUCAGGGAUGAAGAGCGGUCCAGCAGCAUCGUCUCCCACAUGAAGACAUCCAGAACCCUCCACAUCAUGUGUAAACUCCCAGUCUUCUGCUGGAUCACUGCUUCAGUUCUGGACCACAUGUUGACCACAGAGCAGAGAGGAGAGCUGCCCAAGACCCUGACUGACAUGUUCUCCCACUUCCUGCUGGUCCAGACGAAGAGGAAGAAGAACAAGUACCAGGAGGGACAUGAGACGAGUCCACAGGAGCUGAUGGAGGCUGACAGGGACGUUCUCCUGAAGCUGGGGAGGCUGGCGUUUGAACAUCUGAAGAAAGGAAACAUCAUGUUCUACCAAGAAGACCUGGAGCAGUGUGGUCUUGAUGUCACUGAGGCCUCGGUGUUCUCAGGAGUUUGUACCCAGAUCUUCAGGAGAGAGUGUGAGAUCUUCCAAAAACCCGUCUACUGCUUUGUUCAUCUGAGCAUCCAGGAGUUCCUGGCUGCAGUCUACAUGCUCCACUGUUACUCCACCAGGAACACAGAUGUGCUGAAGAACUUCCUGGGAAGAAACUACAUAUAUUCAACUCUGGAUGACUUCCUGGAGAGAGUCAUGCAGAAAUCCCUGAAGAGUAAAAAUGGCCACCUGGACCUGUUUGUUCGCUUCCUUCAUGGUCUUUCUGUGGAGUCCAACCAGAGACUGUUAGGAGGUCUGCUGAACCAGACGGAGAAUGGUCCAAAAACCAUCAAGAGAGUCAUCAACAACCUGAAGAAGAUGAUCACUAAGAGCAGGUCUCCUGACAGAAUCAUCAACAUCUUCCAGUGUCUGAUGGAGAUGAAUGACCUCUCAGUUUAUCAGCAGAUCCAAGAGUUCCUGAAGUCAGAGAACAGGUCAAAGAAGAAACUCUCUAAGAUCCAGUGUUCAGCUCUGGCCUACAUGCUGCAGAUGUCAGAGGAGGUUCUGGAUGAGUUGGACCUGGACAAGUACAAGACAACAAGACCAGUGGAUCGACUGAGACUGAUUCCAGCUGUGAGGAACUGCAGAAAGGCUCGAUUUGUUGGUUGUUAUCUCUCAAAGACUCACUGUGAAGUUGUUGCGUCCGCUCUGAAGUCCAACCCCUCCCAUCUGACAGAACUGGACCUGAGUCAGAACAAGAAACUGCAGGAUUCAAGAGUGAAGGUUCUGUCUGGUGGACUGGAGAGUCCAAACUGUAGACUGGAGACUCUGAGGUUGGAGGACUGCAGGAUGUCAGAGAUCAGCUGUUCUUCUCUGGUCUCAGCUCUGAAGUCCAACCCCUCCCAUCUGAAACAUCUGAAACAUCUGGACCUGAGCGGGAACAAGCUGCAGGAUUCAGCAGUGAAACAUCUGUGUGGUUUCCUGGAGAGUCCAGACUGCAGACUGGAGACUCUGAGGUUGAAGGGCUGCGGUCUGUCAGAGAUCAGCUGUUCUUCUCUGGUCUCAACUCUGAAGUCCAACCCCUCCCAUCUGAAACAUCUGAAACAUCUGGACCUGAGUGAGAACUACAAGCUGCAGGAUUCAGGAGUGAAACAUCUGUGUGGUUUCCUGGAGAGUCCAGACUGCAGACUGGAGACUCUGAGGUUGAAGAGCUGCAGUUUGUCAGAGAUCAGCUGUUCUUCUCUGGUCUCAACUCUGAAGUCCAACCCCUCCCAUCUGAAACAUCUGGACCUGAGUAACAACUACAACCUGCAUGAUUCAGGAGUGAAACAUCUGUGUGGUUUCCUGGAGAGUCCAGACUGCAGACUGGAGACUCUGAGGUUGGAGGGCUGCGGUCUGUCAGAGAUCAGCUGUUCUUCUCUGGUCUCAACUCUGAAGUCCAACCCCUCCCACCUGAAACAUCUGGACCUGAGCUGGAACAGGGACCUGCAGGAUUCAGGAGUGAAACAUCUGUGUGGUUUCCUGGAGAGUCCAGACUGCAGACUGGAGACUCUGAGCUUGAAGAACUGCGGUCUGUCAGAGAUCAGCUGUUCUUCUCUGGUCUCAACUCUGAAGUCCAACCCCUCCCAUCUGAAACAUCUGGACCUGAGAUCCAACAACCUGCAGGCUGCAGAUGUGAAGCAGCUGUCUGACCUGGUGGAGAGUCCAGACUACCAGCUGCAGACUUUCAGCUGGAGAUGGUGAGAGUGAACAUGACGGUGUUUGUGCUGAGAGGAUGAGACGUGUCCUGAUGGUCCUCAGAGGUUCAAGCAGAACCAGUUUGUGUGGACAAACUCUGACUGGACCGUGAUGAUGAAGAAGAUGAAGAUGAAGAUGUACAUAGUUUCUGAAUUCCAGCGUUCUACAAACUUCUCAUAUAUUAAUUUAGUUCAUGUUAAGUCAAAAAUUCUUUAUUGUUAUUAU